CAGGCGGGAAGGCGGCGGCCUCGCCUCCGCCCCCGCGCCCCGGAAGCGCUUCUGCCGGGUGGCCCGGAAGUGGCUGUGGCGGCUCGGUGGUGUGAGAACCGGCGUUAUGUUCCUAACGGCGGCGGCUUUGGCCAAGAGCAAAUCUAAGUACAUUCUGGUGAGGAUGAAAAGUGCAGCCGAGACAGGCUUCUGUUUCAACAUCAGGAGACUCCGACUGCAGGAAAAACUGGUCCUGCUGAGAUAUGAUCCCAUUGCAAAACAACGUGUCCUCUUCACAGAGAAGAGAAAAAUCCGCUCUAUCUGAACAAUGACUGGACUUGAUUUAUGCAUGAGGAGAGGACAGUUUGGGGGGAGGACAGGGUGAAUGCUGAUUCAGAAAUCGAGCGACAUGGGCUGAAAAGAGAGGAAAUGAACUGGGAUCACCGUCUCCUGUGAUUUGAAGGCCAUUGUGAAUAAAACAAUGUAGAGAGAGAAAAUUCUUAAUGUCUGGACAUAGAUCAUCACAGUAACAUUUAUUUAUCUUUUGAGUUAUUUUUACAGUACUCAAUUAAAAAAAAAUUAAAUAGCAAA